AAAGGUGCUGGAUAUCAUCUGGACUUGUUCUGGGUGGCUAUUCUGAUGAUCAUAUGUUCCUUUAUGGGUCUGCCCUGGUAUGUUGCUGCUACUGUCAUCUCCAUUGCUCAUAUCGACAGCUUGAAGAUGGAGACAGAAACUUCAGCUCCUGGAGAACAGCCCAAGUUUUUGGGAGUGAGGGAGCAGAGAGUCACAGGAGUCAUCGUUUUCAUUCUGACUGGUGUGUCUGUCUUCAUGGCUCCCAUCCUAAAGUUCAUUCCCAUGCCUGUGCUCUAUGGUGUCUUCCUCUACAUGGGUGUUGCUUCCCUCAAUGGCGUGCAGUUCAUGGAUCGUCUGAAGCUGCUCUUGAUGCCUCUAAAACACCAGCCUGACUUCAUCUACCUGCGCCAUGUCCCGCUGCGCAGGGUCCAUCUGUUCACCUUCCUGCAGGUGGUGUGCCUGGCCCUCCUCUGGAUCCUCAAGUCAACCGUGGCUGCUAUCAUAUUCCCUGUCAUG